CUUCCCUAACUUCUAUUGGCAGUAUUAAAUGUAUUAGUUAGUAGCUUGAAGGUUUCCCUUUUCUUCUUAUUAAAAAGUCAAUUGACAAUCUCUUCGCUUCUCCUCCUCUCACUUCCGUGCGCAAGGCCGCGAACAUUCACAAUGCCUCCAAAACCACGAAUAAAACGUCCCUCUCGCCAAUUCUCCCCAGCUCAACGUCAGCGACGAUCCUUCGCCAGACCCGAUCCAGCCAUCGGCUACGAAGUUCGUCGAUUAGGACCUUUCGACUCAUCGUCCACAGCCAAUUCUUCCAACGAACCCACCCCGCCCGAGCCCACGAAAGAUGAAAAUGACCUAAUCCCGUCUGGCUACUGGGUCACGGAGAUAAAGAAGCGGCUAGGAAAAUGCAUCAUGUUUGGCUGCAGCCGGGGACAAGCACGUAAGAUAGCGGAUGUGCUGCAGGAGCUUACUACAGAAUGGCGCGAUUUGACCGCAGCCUCGGCGGGAUUCCUGACAGCUGGGAAUAGUGGAUUCGUGGACCAGAAACUCGCGUUUGGAGAGACGGCAAGCUGGGGAUAUAUAAGUAACGCCAACUACUUUCGAUUCGUCGAAUCUUCGCGCGUCAACUGGCUCACACACUUCGCAAGCGUGGAUCCGAAGCAUGCCAACGAGUGGAGGGAACUCAUGAUGACUAGGGGGCCAAGUCUUAUCAUGCAAUCCUUCCGUGCCAGCUACAAAUUCCCACUCAAAUUUCCAGAUACCGUUUCAGCAUACCAUAAACUCCAAACUUUGCCUACAGCUAAAGAUAAGCUCCUCUUCAUGAACAGUAUCGUAAUAUCGCACAAGCAAAUGCGUGUCGCUGCAGCCACCAGGGAGACCGCUAUAUUGUACAACCACAAUAUUCACCAGAGGAUAGCAAUUCCUCCAUUUAUGCUGAACGUUUUUCAAGACAUAUGGCGUCAACAAGAGGAAACGGAGAAAAGGGCUAGACAAAGAAUAGUUGAACUCACAAGGAGCAUACGAAAGUUCGAAAAGCAGAUUUGGGAUAAGGAGGGUGCGGUUGAGGAUAUGGGCUAGUGAACAGAAGCAUUACUGCGUAAAUAUGUGGAAGGGACAAAAGGUAAAUAUUCCAGGCGUACAUCUAAGUAUACUGGAUGCUCAUAGUUGCUGCAUACUAAAUUACAGCCUUGCCGUGAGUUAUCCUGGCCGAAGAUUAGGAUACUCAUCCAUUUAGGUACGCAUAGUAUGUACCAAAGCUCGACUUACAUGUCAGGAGUA